GACUGCGGACACAGUACAGGAGAUGACCAGAGACUGCGGACACAGUACAGGAGAUGACCAGAGACUGCGGACACAGUACAGGAGAUGGCCAGAGACUGCGGACACAAUACAGGAGAUGUCCAGAGACUGCGGACAUAGUACAGGAGAUGACCAGAGACUGCGGACACAGUACAUGGGAUGACCAGAGACUGCGGACACAGUAAAGGGGAUGACCAGAGAGUUUCAAUGGUUUAGGCCAGGGGUCCUCAACUUUUUAAACUGGGGGCCAGUUCACUGUCCCUCAGACCGUUGGAGUGCCGGACUAUAGUUUAAAAAAAAAAAAAUGAACAAAUGCGGACACAGUACAGGAGAUGACCAGAGACUGCGGA